AUUCGAUUCAUUCAUUCAUCCAUUCAUUUAUUCAUACAUCCAUACAUCCAUACAAUUCUCUUACUUUCAAUUGCAUUAUUUCCCAGCAAACGCAAUCUAAGCUUGUCGCGGCUCUAUUCACAGACAGUUCCAGCUUUCAGUUCCAGUCCAGCUAAUCCCACCCUCUCCGCUCUUCGUCUGCAACAAAGAAAGAGAGAAAAACACAAAGGACGACCCUCCGGCAGGAGUCCUCCUCCAGCAGGAACCUAUACCUUCGCAAACACAAACCCAUAGCACCUCUCAAACCCAAUCCCACAACGCUCUCUGAACACCGUCCGCCGAAAUGUCCUACUACGUCGCCCCCAGCCAGCAGCGCACUCUCCGCGCCUGCAUGGUCUGCUCUCUCGUCCAACUCCACAGUAAAUUCAUGCGCGAAGGCUGCCCCAACUGCGACAACGUCCUCGGCCUCCGUGGCAACAACGACGCGAUUCAAGAAUGCACAUCUCAGGUCUUCGAGGGGCUGCUCACACUCCGGGAUCCCACCACCAGCUGGGUGGCGCGGUGGCAGCGACUGGAUAGCUAUGUGCCGGGAACAUAUGCCGUGAAAGUGACUGGAUCGCUUCCCGAUGAGAUUAUUUCCAGUUUGGAGGACUCGGGAAUCAAAUAUAUCCCGAGGGAUGGUAGCACUGGGGAAGAGGAAGCGUAAGGAGGAUAUCGCGUUGCAACAGUUGCUGAUUGAUCAAGGCGCGCGGCAUGGUUGAACAAUGUGGCUGGAAGAGGUGGCGGAUUUUCUUUUUUACUUUCUUGCGCCUUGGCACAAUACUGGAGUUUUGGUUAGGUUGUUCGCGCUCUCGUGCUGUAUGCAAUUCCGGGACUCAUGGUUGCUUGACCCUUUGCUUUCUUCUUACUUUGCUUUGAAUUGCUCGUCUUUCUUACUUCCCAAGGACCGCCUGGGUGGAAGGUCGAACCCGGCCCGGAACCAUACUCGAUACCCGAUUAGAC